AUGAAUAGUUUAAAAGAAUUCUUCUCAUUUUUAACUACUACAUCUAAUAACAAAAAAGAGGAAGAAGAAACUAUCAUUAUAAAAAAGGAUAAUGAUUUUCAUCAACUAUUACUUCAAGAUAUCAUUCAAAAAUCUAUAACCCAUCAUAAUAGUGAUAACUCUAAAACAACAAAUAAUAAUAAUAAUAAUAGUAAUAGUAAUAAUAAUAAUAUAACUUUUACAAAUGAUAUUUUAAUAAGAUUAAUAAUUCAUAAUAGAGUAAUAUUUUUAAAGAUAUUUUCAAAUGUUUAUAUGUUGUCUCGUUAUUAUACAAGAUGUAUAAAAGAUGCAAACCUUCCUAUUAUAAACAACUAUCAUCAAAUGACUGAUGUUUCUUGGAUGAUUGAUAAUGGUUAUGUAGGAGUGUUACACUCUAAAUUGGAUAGAAAUGAAUUUCUACAGAUGGAAGGUGAAAUUGGACUUGAUACUGCACCACUAGAGAAACUAUUCCGAACCAAAGACUAUGGUCUCAUUGAAAAGUUGGUCAAGAAAUAUAGAAUGCACUUUUACACUGAAAAUUCUAUCGAUUUGGCUUGUUGUAGUGGUCGUUUGGAUGUCGUUCAACUGAUCAUAUCCAUUCAUGAUCCACAAAACCUACCAAUUACAAAAAAUGCAAUUUUAAAUGCAAUGAAAGCUGGAUCUUUAGAAUUGGUUCAAUUCUUGGACACCACUUUUGAUUCUUGUAAUAUUGCCAUAACUAUGAUAGGAUCGAUAUCUAAAAACUCGGACGUCAUCUCUUACUAUCUAGGCAAGAUUUCAAUUGGUGGUGGAAGAGUUGAUGGAUUAAUGAUUUUAUCUAGUAUGGAUAUAAAUCUAAUCAAGAACCAUUUUCACUCUACAACAACCUUUAUAAAUGCAACUACAAUGUUGGAUUUUAUAAAAAAGGCUACUCUCUUUUCACCAUCAUCAUAUCAUUUUGAAUUGAAUGGUUUUCCAAAAAAUUUAAAACAAUUGGAAGGAAAUGAAAGAUUAAUGGAUAAUAUAGAUAAUAUAUUAUUAGAGAGUCAAGAAUAUUUUAAAAAGUUUAAUCAAUUGAUACCUCUUUUAUUUAAACAACAACAACAAAAUGAUGAAAAGAUAAAUAUAAAUAUUUCAAAAUUAAUGAAUAAUAUUAAUCAAAAUAAUAAUCCAACAAUAUAUCAACCAUUAUUUAAUAUAUUAUUGGUAUAUGAAUAUAUAAAUUUGGAUUCAAUAUUACAAAAACAUAUUGAUACUAUUCAUAGAAUUGUUUUUAGAGCCAUUACAAUUCUUGGUUUGGUUGAUAAAACUAUUUUUAGUUUUAUUAUUGAUCGACUAAAAGAAGUAAAUAAUUUAUCAAUGGAUGAAUAUUUUAAUCAAAUUAUUGGUAAUUGGACAAAUAUUGAUCAAUUAAAUUUAAUUUUGGAAAUUGAUCCAUCAUUGUAUCAAUUUAAAUUUAUAAAUUUAAAUAGUACUAGGAUAACUAUACGUUUUCAAGAAGAAGUUUUGGAAAGGUUAAUGGAAAUUGGUAUUAUUCAAGAAGAUGUACUUUUAACAGAUUGGAGAUUACGUGUUGUUGAUGAUUUGGCAACUGUAAAAUAUAUUUUAUCACGCAAUACUGCUAAACAAAAUUGUUCUAUGGUUUGGGAUGUAUCACGUUUUAAAUUUGGUCCACUCUCUAAAAAAUACCAUGAUGAAACUGCAAAAUUACUCAUAGAAGCUGGUUUCUUACCACAAUAUGUAGAUUCAAUGCAUGGACUCGUAUAUCUAUGUACCAAUCAUUCGACAACAUCCAACUUUUUAAUCAAAUAUUUGGUAGAGUCAUGUCUAACCUAUGACGUUUAUGCUUUAAUGGGUGCCAUUCAAUCACAAAAUUGGGAUUUAUUUGAUUAUAUUAUCAAGGUUGAAAAUGUUAGAGAAUAUCCAUUUUUCGAAUCUGAAUAUUAUUCAAAAGAAUUUUUAAAACCAAUCAAAUAUUUGAUAGCAAUCAAUGAUUUUGAUAGAUGUAUAGAAUUUAUUAAACGUUUAAAUAACAAGUCGAUUUUAUCGCUGGUACCAAAUCUAUGUGUUGGCAAUAUUCAAUUCUUUUCACAAUUUGUCAAUCAAUACCCACAAUCAUUAAAUUUACAAAAAAUGGUCGAAAGAACCAUCUAUGAUUGUCAUGUACCAUUUAUGCUCUUUCUCAUCGAUCAAUACCCAACCUUUUUCCAACAACAAGCAGAUUUAAUCGAUCUUUUUGGUAAAGCAUGUUCAGUUGGAUCUUUAUCAAUUAUGAAAAUAUUAUUUGACCACUAUGGAUGUUUAAUUGACAAUAGUUUUGUCGGUUUACAAUAUAUUUUAGUGGCUAUUAAUCGUGGUCAUGUAAAUUGUUUGGCCUAUUUAGAUUCUUUAAAAAAAUUUCAACCACCACUAGAUUCACAUAAACAUAUUCAUUAUUCUAGGUUUGGUUAUCAAUUAAUGGAUAUAUUUUUAAAUAGACAAGCAGAAAAGGAGAAAAUUUUAAAUAAUUAUGGAAAUGAACUUUUAUUUUAA